UUCGCCGGGGGGGUCCUGCUUGUGAACAACAGCGGCCGGGACGAGCUGGACACGGAGCGGGAGCUGGGCCGCCGGCUGGAGAACAAGGUGCUCCUGCUGUAUUUUGGGUCCGGGGAGUGCCCGCGAUGCCAGCAGUUCUCGCCGCUCCUCAGAGAUUUCUUUGUGAGACUCACGGAUGAAUUUUAUGUGGAAAGGGCUUCGCAGCUGGUCCUGGUGUACGUGUCUCAGGAUGAGACGGAGGAAAAGCAAACCAAGUUCCUGAAGACCAUGCCAAAGAGAUGGCUGUCCUUGCCUUUCAAGGAUGAGUUCAAAAGAGAGCUGGAGCUGAGGUUUGCGGUGUCUGAUGUACCUACAGUGGUGGUGCUGAAGCCGAACGGGGAGGUGAUUGUUGGAAAUGCUGUGGAAGAGAUUAGGCGCCUGGGUCCUGCCUGCUUCAGGAACUGGCAGGAGGCUGCUGAGCUAGUAGAUAGAAACUUUCUCUUGGCAGAGGACUUUGAUGACCUGGCUAGAAGAAGCAUCACUGACCCCAUCCGCCGCCUCAAAUACAAACUGGACAAGAAGACAAAGAAUGAAGAAAAGAAAGAGGAAGGUGAAGAGUCUUGUUAGGGGCUCAUGAGGUUGCAGCUGCUAUGCUGACUUGGCUUGGGACUUCUCUCAGAUGACUGACUCAGCCUGGCUGCGUGCAGUCUCAAGAACACAAGUCCAUUUUUCUAAUUUUUCGAAUCCCUAAGAUUUACUGUGAUCGUGGUGAUAGUUGCAGAAACCUUAGCAUAAGUCAGCAUAUGAGUGGGGAGAUGAGAGAGACAGCUGGGCUUUGCAGAUGUGUCCGGUAAAAUCUAUCUGUAUUUUAAAAGCCUGCCAGUUUUCUGAAAGGAAAAUUGUUCUGAGACAAAUGCAUUCUACUUCCACACACAGUUUUUGGUAUCUAGAAAAUUGGUUGGCAUAUUAAGGACAUUCUGAGCCCGGCCAAAUCACAUUUCACUUUUAUGACUCCAGGAACCUUACGUUUACUGCAGUAAAAAUCUCACAGUAAAGUCUUCCUCGUUCAUUUACUAAAAACAUUAGACGAAAAGGGGCUACUAGAGAGCAGCAUUCAGUGAAUGAGUCAGUAAAGACAAAUUUAAAAAAGGAAUCUGCAGUAAAAAAAAAAAAACAGCAUGUCCGUGGGCUGCUGUGAAGACACUGAGAAGCUAUAGCAAACAACAGUGA